AUGGCCUCCCCUCCCGAACGCACGAACCCGAUAUCGCGCUACCCCGGCGCUGGUAGCAGUGCGCACCCCAGGUCACCACCCCGCUACGGUGGCCCGUCUGGUCCGAGUUCGAGCCCAAGCCACGACGCUCCCGGAUUCGCGGGCGGCGGCGUGGGCGGCGGUUAUGGAUUGAACAACGCGAGCCCGUCCUUCAACGACUACAGUCAAGCGCGUCAAGGGCCCCAAGGUGGGAACCCCAGUGCAGCGUAUGCAGCACGAAGAGGAUCGAUCCCGGCGCACAUGCAACCCCAUAUGGGAGGCUACAACCCUCGAGCAGGCCACGGCAGGCGAGGUUCGGUCGUCGACAUCGCCGCCGAGUUCAUGGGGCCACAGGCGACCGAACAUCUCGAAACGGCCAAGAAGUUCAGCGCCAAGGCCGAGGACUGGAUCGAUGCCGCGACGAGGCCCGUACGACCUUGGUUGCCCGGAUUGGGUCGGUUCCUCAUCGUCGUCACCUUCCUUGAGGAUGCGCUCAGGAUCCUCACCCAACUUGGCGGUAAGCGACGCGGUGACGUGGCUAGCUCGACCGAUCUCGGGAUGAGGGUGAUCCCGUCCGUACUGUGCAGACGAGAGCUAACGCUUCAAAUACUUGUUGUCCUGUGUACGCAGACCAAAACUACUACCUUCAAGUGAGUGCCCCGCGAAGUCGGCUUGUGACUUUGGAGUUUCCGGAGCUGACUGGUUCUCUCUCUGUUGGGCGCCUGGGUCAGAAACACCGUGGCUUCCCCUGGGGUAUUUCGCACAUCUUUCUCCUCACCAACGUUGCUGUGAGUCAAAAUGAGGGGCUUUCACGAUCUCAUGGACUGACUCUUCCAAGCUCCUCUACGCCUUGCCAGAUCAUGCUCGUCUGCUCCUUCCUGGUCGUCGGCAAGAAGCUCCCCCUUUACGCGAACGGGGGCCUCCUCUGCGUCGUCCUCGCCCAAGGUUUCGGUUAUGGUCUUAUUUUUGAUCUCAACUUCUUUCUUCGUAACCUGUCCGUCAUCGGCGGUCUCCUGAUGGUGCUGUCGGAUUCGCUGUCGCAACGCAAGUCGUCGGUCGUCGGAAUUCCCUCGAUGGGUUUGAACGACGCCGAUCGCAAAAAGUACUGCCAACUCGCGGGCCGCAUCCUGCUCGUGUUCCUUUUCCUCGGCUUCGUCUUCAAUGGCCAAUUCUCUCUCACGCGCGGGUUCGUCUCCGUCACCGGCCUCGUCGCCUGCGUCAUGGUCGCCGUAGGCUACAAAGCCAAGUUAUCCGCCUUGUUCCUCGUCGUCGUUUUAUCGACGUUCAAUUUCUUCGUCAACAAUUGGUGGAGCGUGCAUUCGAGUCACCCGCAGCGCGAUUUCCUCAAGUACGAUUUCUUCCAGACGCUUUCGAUCGUCGGUGGGCUGUUGUUGUUGGUCAACUUGGGGCCGGGUGAUUUCUCGGUCGACAAGAAGGUGCGUUCUCACGCGCUUUUGGGUUUGGGCUUUGACGAGAUGGUCUACUAA